CUGUAUGGUUGCAGAGGACAACACAUCAGACGCUGGUAAACUCAUUCAGGUGUGUCUUGCCGCCAAGGUUUCACUCUGAAGAAUGGAAGAUUUCUACAGUAACAACUCCUCGCAGUACAUAAACUAUGGUGACAGAAAUGUCACCUUUGAUUUCUAUGAGAAAUUUGAGUUCAUCAUGAAUGUGGUGACAAGGAUAAUCAUUUGUAUCGGCCUUCCUUUGAUCCUUGUGGCCAUCUAUGCUGUUUAUUCUGAGGUGCGAAGUGAUCAUGUUGCUCCGAUCUACGUCAUCAACCUUCUCAUUUCUGACCUUAUUCAGCUGUGCAGCUUCAUUUUUGCGGAGGCACAACCUAGGGAGUGGAAGGCAGUUUUUAUUCACAAUUAUGGUGUCGCGGCCAGUGUUUGCUUCAUGGUGUGUAUCGCCCUGGAAAGGUAUUUGGUCAUCGCCUUCCCGCUGUGGUACCGCUUCAGACGAACCAUCAAGACCUCUGUGGUGGUCUGUAUCGCAAUCUGGACUGCUCCUCUCGUGUUUCUCCUUACUUUCUCUUUUUGGGUUGGUGAUAAAGUAUUAAAAACUGUCUUUGGCAUCUUCCUCCUUCUUCCCCUCCCACUUUUAAUAUUCUUCCUUGGUGGGACCCUCAAAGCCCUGUCCUCCAGCCGAGUCCCCUCUGAUGAAAAACGACGAAUUGUGGGAGUUUUGGUUCUGGUGCUGCUUAUUUACACACUGUUGUUCCUGCCCAGAAUCAUUUGGUUUCUAGUAGACAAGUACUAUACUUUUGAUAGACUGUCUUACAUGUUGGUCCAAUUGAGUCCUCUUGCAGACUUAGUUCUGUAUGUUUUCAUGAGGAAAGGGACCAUAGACAAGCUUUUGGCCUCUGUGUGUUGUUGUAGAAUGGACAGCAAUGAUAUCAGCAGUUCAUCAGUAUGAAUGAUAACAACAUUUACACAGUCAGCUUCAUGUAGGCAGAGAAAAAAGGAGAGAGAGAAAGGGGAGAAAACUAAAGGAGAAAUGUAGGAAAAUAUAAAGAGACAAGACAGAUGUUACAGUGUCAUCUACAGAUAGGAUUUCCAAUAAGAAUCUGUAGAUAACUGGGAAGCCUUGUUUUGACUCUGCUAUGGGAGAACUGGUUGACGGGAAAUGUUUUGGUGAACAUCAAUAAAUAUUAAAUAUGUUUUUAUUUCUUUAACUGUAAGUUGAUGUCUAUCAUUUUAUGUUUCAAUCAGAAGCAAACCUGAUAUUGUUUUAUUAGCUGAGCUUGUUAUAGCCACUAUAUCAUCUUAUUUAUCUUUUUAUCUUUUUUGGUCUCUCUCACACAUUUGAAUUUUAGUUGUUUACUUUGUAUUACUUGUUACUAAUGUAUGUCUGUCCAAAACGGUAUAGCUUUUUUAUUACAAAACUCAAUUUUAUUUGUUUAUCUUUAGGUUUUAUUUUUGGAGAUAUAGUGGUAGAUAUGUUAGUUUUUAGGAUGUGAUUCAGAGCAGGCAUUUUGCAACAGCCGUUAUGUGCUUGGCAAUGUGGAUAAAAUCGUAUAUAAAUCGUAUUUAUAUGAAGCUGUACAUUUUAUGGAAAUUUUAUAAAUUAUUUUAUAUAUUUGAUCUGUUUCCAUACAUCUGUCUCUGAUUAACUUAAUCAAUUAUAACUUGAAACAUGACAAACUCUCAAAGUUAUAAUCAUAAUUAGGGCAUUAUUAUUUGACAGAUAAUAUAUUUUUCAAUAUAAGUUAGUAAAGUCGUCAUUACGUUUAUCCUUUUUAAACCUUUAGAUGAUUAUUUUCUGAGAUCCAAUGAUAAAGAGCAUAUUUCCAAAAUGUCAGACUUUUUCUUUUAAUACAUUCUGCAGUCCAUCAGAAGCAUAUAGGCAUGUUUGAGGAGCUAUACCUGAUUGAUUUUGUGUAGCCUAUGUUAUUUUGGCAGUAUUUUCCUUGGGCUAAAUAAAACAACUGCCAUGUUUGCUUCAACAUUUUUCACAUUGUCUGCAUCUCACUAAAGGUACUUUUUCCUCAGUAGUAAGUUGUCUUGUUUUGCUAACUUUAUUUAGUAUUUUUCUAUUUUGGUGAAAUGGUUUGGACUGCAGUGAGUAGGCAAUGUAACCAGGCUAAGCAGCUGCUGGUUUUUUUAGUAUGCUGGAUCUGCAUUGAGAAAUUAGCAUCAUAAGUCUCAAAUAUGUGUUGCAGCUUGUGGUAUCCGAAGGCCUAUAAAUUUAAGUUACAGUUUGUUAUAAGUUCAAGUGAUAUUUUUGUCAACAUAUGCAGUGUUAGUAAGACAUGAGGUUCAACAUAGUAAUUCUUACUAUGAAAUGUUUAGGCUAGGGGCCUCUCAGUGGUCUCUGACCUUUAUCUUAAUAAAUCCCCCAUCUCCCUGUUUUACCUCACAUAUCUGUACUAGAACCAGAUGUUUCUUUACUAUUUUCUUGAAUAAACAAUAGACCUAUAUAAAGCCUAUGUUCGACGCAUAUAGACAGAGUUGUUAAUUUGGCAGGAUGCUCUCCAAGCUCCCGGGGCUUGAAAUGAUGCUGUACCUUUUUGUAAUAAACCUUUAUAUACAAUCAA